AUGACGUCUCCACCUGCUGGAAUCCCCCUUCGGCGACGACGACGCCUCCGCCGCCGCCGCCUCCGCCGCCGCCAUAGCCGCCCCGCAGCCGCCGGCCGCUGCCGCGGUUCCGCCCCCGCCUCCGCCCCCGCCGGCCGCUCCAACCGCUGCCGCUGCCCCGCUCCGGCCGCCGCCCAGGGGCUCGCCCCGGCGACAGCCGACAAUCCCGCCCCGCCGCUCGCCCCGAAACGCCAGCGCCGCCCCAGCGUCCGGCUCGGCGAGAUCGGCGGCGAGCAGCCCGGCGCUCUCGCGCACGACUCGCACGCGCGGCGCCCCAAGCCGGCGUCGUCGUGGCGGCUCCCCAAGGAGUCCGCCGCGAAUCCGCAGUCCUCGAAAUCGGUCAAGGCUCGCUCGCUGACGCACCUCGUCAACGGCGACGGCCAGCCGCACGACCUCGAGAACAGCUCGGGCUUCGAUUUCCCCAGCCGGAAGGCGAAGGCGCGGCGCGGGGUCGCCGCGAAGCGGCAGAGGUCGAGCUGGACGUCGUCGAAGCUGGACCACGUCGCGGACAACAUCAGGGAGGACGAGGAGGAGGAGAUCAACGAGGGCUUCCGGGAUUUCGGCGCCGCCGAUUCCGGGUCUCCUCCGACGAAGGAGCACAGUCCUGCUUCGCUGGACGAUGCCGCGGCGCUCGACAAUUGGCGGAGAAGGCCCAGCCGCGGGAGGUCAUCUCUGAGCCGCGACAACGGCGGGAAUGAGCUGGACACUGCCCGAGAGUCCGACUAUAGAGACGGGAAAGGAGGAAGCAGCGACGGGGUCAGGAGCUGGCUGGUGGAAUUGGGGCUUAGCCGGUACGCCCCGGUUUUUGAGAUUCAUGAGGUUGACGACGAGGUUCUGCCGAUGCUGACGCUGGAGGAUUUGAAGGAUAUGGGGAUCAAUGCUGUGGGAUCGAGGAGGAAGAUGUACGCUGCUAUCCUGAAGCUUCGCAAGGGUUUCUCUUGAUGUAAGUUUCCACCAAAGCGAAGCAUCAUGUUCAUUUAUCUCACGGUAAGGCAUUGGCUUGGAGCUUAACCUUUCAGGAAACAAGUUUGCUUGAAUUUCUGAAAUGCUGCAUCAGUUUACUGGAAAUGGCAAAGGGAAGGUAUAGUUGAUUGGAGUUCAGUCAAAUGGGAUCUGCUUGGUCAGGUUGGUUAUCAUGGUUUUAGGUUUGGGCAAUUCAAACUUAUCCUGUUGUGAAAAGAACUGGUGCUCUUUUGAGCAUCUGUAUGUCUAAUUAAACGUUUUUUUCUUGGUAAGCUUCCGCCAGAGAGGGCCAUCAUGUUCAUUUAUCUCAUGGUAAGGCAUUGGCUUGGAAACUUAAACUUUCAGUAAAAAAGUUUGCUUGAUUUUCUGAAAUGCUGCAUCAGUUUACUGCAAAUGGCAAAGGGAAGAUAUAGUCAAUUGGAGUGCAGUCAAAUGGGAUCUGCUUGGUCAGGUUGCUUAUCAUGUUUUAAAUUUGGGCAAUUCGAACUCAGAUAGGAAUAUCUCGCCUUGUGCAUGAAACUGAGUUUCUUAGUGAGUAUGAUUGUGUCGUUGCAUUUGCAAUAGUGAAGCUGAAGUAACACUGAUCAAUUGUUCAGCAGUGAGAGAGCUCAUGUCCUUAACUUAUCGUUGCCCCACUGGUAUAUAUAGAGUGGCUCCUGAGCGAGUUAAGAAGAAAUUAUGCCUGGGUCGCAUCUUUCCUUAGUAAGGAUCUAAUAAAUGUCAACCCAUUUAUGAGAAUCAUUUAAAAGCCAUGUCUAGUUCAGCAUUUCUAUCUGUCAAAGAACACUACUGCUAAAGCUGAACCUUGACUCAUGCUACUUUAAGGAAAGACCUCGCACUUCAUUACCUCUAAAGCUCUUUUAGUUCUCUAGCCACUGAGUAUCAGAAGUGUAGAUGAUAUAAACGAGAUUUGGAAUAUACUUCUUGUUUUCAACUGCUGUCAUUCCAUUCCAAACCUCAGGAAUUUGACAGAGUCCUGGAAUAUGUUAAGAGUAGCGACGCUGCACCCAUUGAAUGUUCAGUAGUUACAGUAUCUAGUGCCUGAAUCUUACGCAUCUUCUUGCAAGUUCCUUUCCUUUCUUUUAAGUUAUAAUAGGUCAAAAUGUUAGCCACUGCUGGUUCCCCAAUCGAAGUCAUAUUUUUCCUUUUUUUUUUCACCCCAGUUGGACAAUGCCAGUGGACAGCGUUCAUCAAUAUGAAGGCCUUUGAGCAGCAUCUCUCUCUCUCUCUCUCUCUCUGCCUGCUUGGUCAUAACUAUAUGAGGAAUUUACAGAAGAUUUUCCUUUCUUUUACAGCCUCCCAAAUUCGUUUCUUUUCACACUCUUCUAUAAGUUUAGCCUGCCUCUUGAAACGGUCAAGUGAGCUUGUUGAUGAUGUUGCUCCUCCUGCCUUGAGCACGUCUUCCCAGCUUCUCCCAGACGCUGUAACAGGUAAUAAAAAAGCUAAUUGCACCACAUCCUCAGUCUUCUGGUUGAUGCUUUGUCGGUCGCUUUGAUCCUAAAUAUUCAAGCAGAGCUCUUCCUGUUUGGCGUUCUACAUUUUCAAGCAUGUACUUUGGGAUGGGAAUGGAGAAAACAUAGUGUAUGAGUUUAUCAUACCUUUUAGCCAAGAUGUGACUUUUCUUUGAGUAAUUGUUUAUUCAUUGGAUGAUGUUGAGGUAGACACAAAUACUUGUGGACAUUGUUUAUCUUCAAAUUAUUUUCUGUUACAAUGGAGAUGAUUUACUUGAAUUUUGAAUAAACUGCCAUUAGAGACGCUUGUUCUGGGAGAUUUUAGACCUUUAUUGUCAUUUGCCCGCUUGGUACUUUUCUGGCUAGUU